CCACCAUGCCCAGAGGGGCUCCCCUCCCCCUUCCCCUGUCACAAAGGCCGUGAGGAACCCUGCUCAGGCAAGGUGUGAACAUUAAACCCAGGGGCGUGGGGAAAUCCUGAGGGGGAGAGGAAUAUCCCAGCCCACCACUAAGAGGAAGUAGAGAACCCACUGAGCUGGAGAAGGAGCUCUGUCACACUUUAUAUACGCAGUGUUUCUAUUUUAACACACAGUUUAACAGGACAAUAAUGUUCAGCGUAUUAUGAGUUUCCAAAUUAUGCCUGACAAGGCAUACUUGGUACAAAAUAUAUCAUAAUUUUGCAAAAGAGUGAAUACAGGGUUACAGACUGUUGCAGUGUCUGUCUGUGUGUGUUCCUAGCAGAUGUGUGUGUAUUUUAAUCCCUCAUGAGCAGAGUGUUCUGCACCUUUGAGGACCUGGGGAGCUGGCCCUGGGAUUUCACUGGUUUACUAAGGACUGCGUUUUAAAUCAAUAAUUAUUUUUCAUGAUAAAGUCUUAUGAAUUCACCUGAUCUCCUUUGUUUUCUUUCGUCUGAGCAGGGUUACCAGUUUCCAAACUUAAUGUGAUCUCCGAGGUGGAAGAAGGGGAAGAGCCGUGGGUCCCAGACCUCCGGGAUUCAGAGGAAAGAGAGAUCCUCAGAGAUCCCUGCACGGGUGACGCGAUGGUGAGUGAGAAUGAGGAGCAGAAUUCUCAGCAGGAAGAUACUGAGCAAGUGGAACUACACGGAGCAUUAUCAAAAAUAUCCAAAAGGAACAUGUGCAGAAGUCAUGAGGAGGGAAAAGCCUGUGAGAUAGAGACAGAGCAGGGAAACCAGCCAGGGGAGAAAUUGAGUACAUUAAUUUACUGUUGGGGAACUCACAAGGACCACAAAGAAACCACAGUCCAGCAGAAAAUCCUCAGAGGAAAGAGAAAAUACACGUGCACUGAGUGUGGAGACAACUUCAGUGACUGCCCAGCCCUUAUUAAACAUCAGAGACUCCACACGGGAGAGAAACUCUACCAAUGCUGCAAGUGCGGGAAAACCUUCAAUCAAAUGUCACACCUCACUCAACAUGAGAUAAUCCACACUGGGGAGAGACCCUAUGAAUGUAGAGAGUGUGGGAAAGCCUUCAAUCGCAGCUCACACCUCACUCAACAUCGGAGAAUCCACGUGGGAGAGAGACCCUAUGAAUGCUGUGAGUGCGGGAAAACCUUCAAUUGCAGCUCACAUCUCACUCGACAUCGGAGAAUCCACAUGGGAGAGAGACCCUAUGAAUGCUUUGAGUGUGGGAAAACCUUCAAUUGCAGCUCACAGCUCACUAGACAUGAGAUAAUCCACACAGGAGAGAGACCCUAUGAAUGUAGAGAGUGCGGGAAAACCUUCACCCUCAGCUCGUAUCUCACUACACAUGAGCGAAUGCACAGGGGGGAGAGGCCCUUUCAGUGCUCUCAGUGUGGGAAAAGCUUUACUCGGAGCUCAUCCCUCAUUAGACAUGAGAGAAUGCACACGGGAGAGAGACCCUAUAAAUGCUGUGAGUGCGGGAAAAGCUUCACGUCCAGCUCAAACCUUAUUCAGCAUCAGCGAAUCCACACCGGGGAGAGGCCCUAUGAAUGUGGCGAGUGCGGGAAAGCCUUCAAUUGCAGCUCAGAGCUCACUAGACAUGAGAGAAUCCACACAGGAGAGAGACCUCAUGUAUGCAGAGAGUGUGGGAAAACCUUCACUCUCAGGUCAGAUCUUACUACCCAUGAGAGAAUCCACACAGGGGAGAGGCCCUUUCAGUGCUCUCAGUGCGGGAAAACCUUCACUAGGAGCUCAGACCUUACUAGACAUGCGAGAAUCCACACAGGAGAGAGACCCUAUGAAUGCUGUGAGUGCGGGAAAAGCUUCAUUUCCAGCUCAAAGCUUAUUCAGCAUCAGAGAAUCCACACCGGGGAGAGGCCCUAUAAAUGUGGAGAGUGCGGGAAAACCUUCAGUUGCAGUUCAAAGCUCACUAGACAUGAGAGAAUGCACAGGGGGGAGAGACCUUAUGAGUGCCGGGAGUGCGGGAAAACCUUCACUUACAGCUCAGAUCUUACUGCCCAUGAGAGAAUCCACACAGGGGAGAGGCCCUUUCAGUGCUCUCAUUGUGGGAAAACCUUCACUAGGAGCUCAGACAUCACUAGACAUCACAGAAUCCACACGGGAGAGAGACCCUAUGAAUGUUGUGAGUGCGGGAAAAGCUUCAUUUCCACCUCAAACCUCAUUAAACAUCAGCGAAUCCACACUGGGGAGAAGCCCUAUAAAUGUGGUGAGUGCGGGAAAGCCUUCAAUUGCGGCUCACAGCUCACUAGACAUGAGAGAAUCCACACGGGAGAGAGACCCCAUGAAUGCUGAGAGUGCGGGGAAACCUAUCCUCACAGCUCAGAUCUUACUAACAUGAGAGAAUCCCCCGGGAGAGAGAGACCCCAUGAAUGCUGAGAGUGCGGGGAAAGCUUCACUGACAGUUCAAAUGUUGCUCAACAUCAGAGAAUCCUCACAGGCGAGAAAUCCUAUGAAUGCUCUGAGUACGGGAAAACCUUCACUCUCAGCUCACACCGUACUAGAUAUUGGAGAAUCCACACGGGAGAGAGAUCCUAUUAAUGUGAAUUUGGGAAAACCUUCAGUCAAAGCUCACACCUCAGUACUGGGGCUGUCCAUUAAUCACGUGAGUUAACUACGAUUAACUCAAAAAAUGAAUUGCGAUUAAAGAAAUUAAUCGUGAUUAUUCACAGUUUUGAUCGCGCUGUUAAACAAUAGAAUACCAAUUGCCAUCCAAAAGUAUUUAAAUACAUGGUAUUCUGUGAUUGUUUAACGGUGCAAUUAAUCAUUAUUUUUUGUAAUCACUACUCACUGCACAUCAGAGAAUCCACACGGGAGAAGGCUCCUAUAAACGCUGCGCGUGUGGGAAAACCUUCAAUUGCAGCCCCCAGCUCACUUGACAGCGGAGAAUCGACACGGGAAAGAGACCCCUUGAAUGCUGUGAGUGUGAGAAAAACUUCACUCGGAGCUCAGCCCUUAUCGGAAUCGGCAAGGGAGUUAAACAUCAUAAAGACCUCUAGGGCUAUCAAUACAUUUUUUUCUUUAACACUUUCGCUGUAGUGACCUUUAAAGCUGUGCGAACCAUUUGCAUCAGCAUUAUCCCUCAGCUUGUCCAGGUGAUUUGCUCAUUUUUCCCUUGGGCAGCUCACCCUUUUCUGGGGUGGACCCGAUUGUCCUUUCUAGCCACUCCGUUGUCCCCUGAGUAACAGGAGUUUGUGUCUCCUUCCAUGAAACAAGGAGCAUCACAUUUAUACCGUUCCUCUUAUUGUACGGUUAUUUUUUUAUAGUCACCAGUGAUACAGAUUGUAUCAUUCUCAGUUGUUCUCCCAUUGCUGUGGAGUGUGCUCAAUGGCAUUUUUGGACCCUUUUUUUCAUUUAUGAUACAUUUAAAUAUAAUGAAGAGAAGCAGGAGCAGAAAAACAAUGUCAUUUCAGCCUCUGUGACCCUGGAAGGAGAUGGGGAGAUUCAGAGAGAUCCCCUCCUUCCCCAUCAUUCCAGAACUGUUACCGCCUCUCUGAGCCAGGCAGAGUUUAUCUUCUUCACAGUCUGUCGCUCCACCUCUCAGAGUGUCGUGUGGUGCCGUGUUCUCAGCUGUCUGGGCUUGGAGGAGAUGCUUUGACUUGUUUAAUCAGUCGUGGGGAGAUGAAAGUGUCAGUUCCUGGAAGGGGAAUUCAACUGGAUCCCAAACACAGAGUGAUCCUUUGGAUUUUAAAUCCCAGUUUCCGUUUAUUGGCAAAGCCACUUUGGGGAAGGUUAGAUGUUUUUUGCCCACAUUAUGAGGCUGUUAGGAUGCUAAAACUUUUGCAUAUAACAUAACUCAGUAAUGAGACACUGCUGAGUGAAGCAGGUUUGAGUGGAUCAGAGGAGAAUCUGAUGGGAGAAUCUCUUGUCUUAAUUCUGAGUCAUCAGAUGUAACCUGUUCUGGAAUUUCACUGGGUAUUUUCAUUUUCAUUUAGUCUAUCCGAGAGGUGGGUUUCUCUCUUUCCCGAAGGCUGGUUGGUCACCCAGCUGGAGAUUUGUUUAGUUGGACAGGCUGGAGCUCAGAUUUAUUGGAGACUUCGAGACACAUGACCAUUCGCUAAAGUCAUGACUUCUCACUUCAGUGCUGCUUUCCCCCCGAUCCCUCCAUGACGACGUGGAGAAAGUUCAGGUGCAGUUCUGUCAACAGGAGCGAACUCUCCAGUUCACUGGCCAUGCUAAUAAAGCAGCAGCCGUGAUUUAAAAUGGUGAACAGCAGCAGACCCAAACUGUGCAACUAACUGAAGCAAGCGCAGAUGAUCACAGUGGAGUUCAAUUGUUUAAGCCAGCGGUUCUCAGACUUCGUUUCACCGUGACCCCCUUCUAACAACAACAAUUGCUACAGGAUUCACACACACACACCCCCGGCAGAAGCUGAAGUCAGAGAGCUUCAGCCCCAGGCAGCAGGGCUUGGGCUUCAGUCCAGGGUCUAACGCCAGCCCUGGCGAUCCCCUUAAACCGGUUUGGGAACUGCUGGUUUAGUCAGUAUUGUCUCAGAUGAUCCGGGGAAGAGAAUUCCACAGUAACUGACUGGGAACUAGACAAAAUGCCCAUGUGCAGUAUUCGGUUCCCAGAGCAUGUGUAAGCCAGGCCCUGCGAAGGUGGCUCCUAGCUAGUCCUGUGCUAUGGGAAAUGCUGCCCUUCACGACGCAGAUGUGGAGGAAAUAGAAGUGGGGGGUUGGUUUGUUUUUGUUGAAUUUACCCUAACCAAUGUCACAGCAAGGAUCUUUCUAGCAGCUGGAAGUAUAAAAGAGGGAGAACAACAUCAUCACUGGCCUCUCCCCACCUCAUAUCAACACCUGGAAGAUUGUCUGGAGGACAAAGGCUUUGAACGAGGAGCUUGGUCCCAGGCUGGAAGGGAGCUCAGUCUGAGUACUGAGAGCUGUGAGCUGCCUCUAACGUCUGUUAGGGGGAGAGACUGUUCGAGUCAAAUCUUGCUUAGUCUGUUACAGUUCGAAUUUAGACUCUGUUUCUAUUUUUAUUUGGUAGGUAACCCAUUUUUCUCUCUAAGCCUGUUACUUAUAGUCACUUCAAAUCUGUCUGUAGUUAAUAAAUCUGUUUUAUAUU